UCCUAGGCGGCUUCUCCAGAGCGCAGGCUGAGACUGACAGGCACCGCGAGCCCAGAGCACCCCACAAGCUGAGUGCAGGACGCGCCGCAACCACACCCACCCCACGGCCGCUGAAUGAGGCUUCUGGGCGUCAGCUCGCUGCCGGCAGCGCCCCGCCGGAGGUCCGCCCGCUGAGGCGCGGCCGGUGCGCUGGCAGCCAGUGCGCUCACCUGCCAGCCUGCGCGCCAUGGGGCAACUCGGGAACGGCAGCGUCUUCUUGUUGACGCCCAACGGAAGCCACGCGCCGGACCAAGAUGUCACGCAGGAACGGGACGAGGCGUGGCUGGUGGGCAUGGCCAUCGUCAUGUCCCUUAUCGUCCUGGCCAUCGUGUUUGGAAACGUGCUGGUUAUCACAGCCAUCGCCAAGUUCGAGCGUCUGCAGACGGUCACCAACUACUUCAUCAUUUCCCUGGCCUGUGCUGACCUGGUCAUGGGCCUGGCGGUGGUGCCUUUUGGGGCCAGCCAUAUCCUCAUGAAAAUGUGGACUUUUGGCAACUUCUGGUGCGAGUUUUGGACUUCCAUUGAUGUCUUGUGCGUCACGGCCAGCAUUGAGACCCUGUGCGUGAUCGCAGUGGAUCGCUACGUUGCCAUCACCUCACCCUUCAAGUACCAGAGCCUGCUGACCAAGAAUAAGGCCCGAGUGGUCGUUUUGAUGGUGUGGAUUGUGUCAGGCCUUACCUCCUUCUUACCCAUCCAGAUGCACUGGUACCGGGCCACCCACAAGGAAGCCAUCAACUGCUAUGCCAAGGAGACUUGCUGUGACUUCUUCACGAACCAAGCCUAUGCCAUUGCCUCCUCCAUCGUGUCCUUCUACUUGCCCCUGGUGGUCAUGGUCUUUGUCUACUCCAGGGUCUUCCAGGUGGCCAAAAGACAGCUCCAGAAGAUCGACAAAUCUGAGGGCCGCUUCCAUGCCCAAAACCUCAGCCAAGUGGAACAGGAUGGGCGGAGCGGGCAUGGACUUCGAAGGACCUCCAAGUUCUGCUUAAAGGAACACAAAGCACUCAAAACUUUAGGCAUCAUCAUGGGCACUUUCACCCUGUGCUGGCUGCCCUUCUUCAUCGUGAACAUCGUGCAUGUGAUCCAGGAUAACCUCAUCCCUAAGGAAAUUUACAUCCUCCUAAACUGGGUGGGCUAUGUCAACUCCGCCUUCAAUCCCCUGAUCUACUGCCGGAGCCCGGAUUUCAGGAUUGCCUUCCAGGAGCUUCUGUGCCUGCGCAGGUCUUCUGUGAAGGCCUAUGGGAAUGGCUACUCCAGCAACAGUGACGGCAGAAGUGACUAUGCAGGGGAACAGAGUGGAGAUCAGCUGGGUCAGGAGAGAGACAGCGAACUGCUGUUUGAGGACAACCCAGGCACAGAAGACUUUGUGAACCGUCAAGGUACUGUGGCUAACGAUAGCGUUGAUUCACAAGGGAUGAAUUGUAGUACCAAUGACUCAGUGCUGUAAUGCGGUUUUUCUACCUUUUAAGACCCCCCCUAACAAAACACUAAGCAGACUAUUUAACUUGAGUGUAAUAAAUUUAGAAUAAAGUUGUAUAGAGAUGUGCAGGAGGAAGGACAUCCUUCUGCCUUUUUUUUUAUUUUUUUAAGCUGUAAAAAAGAGAAAACAUAUUUGAGUGAGUAUUUGUUUCUUGUACAGUUCAGUUCCUCUUUGCAUGGAACUUGUAAGUUUAUGUCUGAAGGGCUUCAGUCCCAGAGAACCUGGGGCUGCUAUGUUGUGAUGACUUUUCUGCAUAUCUACCUCAUUGGUCAAGUAUUAGGCGUAAUAUAUUGCUGCUGGUAAUUUGUAUCUGAAGGAGUCUUUCCUUCCUGCACCCUUGGACUGGAGGAUCUUGAGUAUCUCGGACCUUUCAGCUGUGAACAAGGACUCUCCCCGCUCCUCUGAUUUGCUCAAACAGGGUGUCAUAGGCAGGGAUUUGAGGGGCAGCUUCACUUGUUUUCCGGAGCAAAGUCUAAAGUUUACGGUAAAUAAAUUGUUUGACCAUGACUUCAUUGCACCUGUUUCUCCAAAACCCCUUGACUGGAGUGUGGUUCCUCCCCCACUGGAAACCGCAGGUAACUAUUUGUAAUAACUGCCCAGUGACUUAAUAUGGAAUAACACAGGAAUGACAAGCACUGAUUGCUUAACCCUUUCAUUUGCCUUUGAAUCUGCAAACCUGUAUCUCUCCUAACGCUAGGGCCCCAAAUCAGUUCUGCCUGCCCCCAGCAUAGCUUGUCUCACUUGUCCUACGGUUAUUAUUCUGUGUUGUCACAUCAGAAACACUGACUCAUAGAAAUGGAGUUAUGGACAUCUGUUUUGUCCCUCCAUGAACCCCACCACCCACCUUCCAGCUCUACUUGUUGGAUAGCUGCUUAUAUUUAUGUCUUUGCCAUGUCUUAGAGUGGAGAUCUUUGUACUACCUCAGGCUUUGGCAUUUUAAGGAUAAGGAAGAAGUUAUUGUGAAAAAGCUACUCAAACAGAGCCCUGUAAUUCCAAGGGAGAGUGAAAGGGCAUUGGUCAUACAGCGAAAGCUGGAAAAUACUUAACUGAGGAAUAUCUCAUGACCUAGAAACAGCAUUAUAAGCCCUCCUCCUUCUUUCCUUCUGUCCAUUUCUUCCCUCUCCUUUUGACACUCCUCACUUCAGUAUAAACCAAUUUCUCAACCUUGGCACUAUUAACAUUUGGACCAGGUGAUUCUCUGUGAUGGGGGCUGUUUUGUGCAUUGUCUGAUGUUCAGCAGCAUCCCUGGCCUCUACCCAUUAGAUGCCAGUAGCACCCUCUGAGUUGUGCCGACCAAAAAUGUCUCCAGACAUUACAUUACCAAACACCUCUUGAGGGGUGAAAUUGCCCCUGGUUGAGAACCACAGAUAUAAAGUUCAAAAAUCUAAACAGAUUUUUAGAUCCUGUCUCAUGUGACCAUUUUAUUUUGCAGAGCCUAAGAGAGGGAUUUUUCAGGGUUCCUCUGGUUAGUGACAGAUCCUGGGCCAAUGCUCUCCCCGCUCCCUUAUGCUGUCUUCCAAACUUACUUCCCAGCUGCCCGGAUACUGAUUGUGAGACUGAACUGUUUGGAAGGGUUUAUCAAUGGAGGCGAGGCCUGUGAGCCCUUACUGCCUAUUUGUGGAGAGAUUAUAAUACUGUUAAGAGGCACAUGAGGGAAAAUCACAAAGGUAAACACAUUCCUUCUCUCACCCCCUUUCUAUUUUUGACUGUGUGUCUGAGCCAGAGCUUGGCCCAGGUCUGACCGAGUGGAUCGUCCUCCUUGGCAACGCCAGCCUGAAGAAGAUCAGCCUGCAGGGUUCAUUGCCAUUUCACUCGCUCGUGAAGCUGACUCCACUUCUUUCUUCCUUUCUGUCCCAGCCCACGUCCCCAACCAGAAAAGCACUGGCCUCCCCUGCUUCCUGUCAGCUCACCGAUGGGUGUCUGGGUGAGCACUGGGCUCUCGGAAGAAAGUUAGGAGCCUCUGUUUUUGGAACGUGCCACGGUGAAUUGGAGAGUGUGUGCCAUUCAGCACUUUUCCUUUUUCUCCAAGGGCUUUCAUACCUAUUAUCACAUUCUCCUUCUCCUGCUCUGUGCCCCACUCCCAGAGAUGCAGGCAGCUUCUCCAGCUAAUCUUCACACUCCUCAUAGCCUCAUGGGAUCUCAGACUUGGAAAAGCCCAUAGAAAGCACUUGACAUCCGAAGAGACUGAAAGCCUGCAAGGGGGAUGAGCUGCCCAAGGUAAGAAGCCAAGGAUGUCAGAGACGGGGCUACAGCCAGGGGACCCAGCUCUCAGCUGUUGUUCCAGGAACUGGCGUGUUCUCUCCACCACAGAGUCAUUGAAUUCUACCCUUACUCUCAAUCGUGGAAGCUUUUCGUUGGCGCUGUCACAUGUUUUUAUUGCUUUUGGUUCUUAACACAAUAUUCAGUCAAUAAGCAAAUAAUCUACAACAAGGACGAGAGAAAGAGUUGUUCUUUUAAAGAGUCUGCUAGGAAAUCCUCAGCAUUUAGCGAAAGUAGGAAGUUCCUUAACUCUUUAUGACCUGCCAGGAAUUUCAAGCCAAUCCAGGUAGAAAUGUCAAAAAAAAAAGUUGGAAACUUUUCUGUCAUCAUUUGUA